AUGGCGGCCCUGCUCCUCAGACUGCAAGGCCUUCCUCCCCCUCCUCCCUUGCUGCCCCAAGGUGCUCCCAAACUAAAGUCCUGCCUCCUCACCCCUCGCCCAGGCCGAGAGGGGCUCAAAACUGAGGGGAGGUGGUGGGCCCCAGGAGGCCGCCGCGUCCUGGCCUCGCUGGCUGUCCCCGCAGGUCGCGCUGCAGGCUCUGAGCUGGCCUUCCUGCGGGAGCCGGGGGACGUGGUGGCCACGCGGGAGCGCCCACUGGUGCUGCCGUGCCGGGUGGAGGGUGAGCCGCCCGUGUCCAUUUCCUGGCAGCGGGAUGGGCUGGCCCUGGCCAACAACAGCAGUGCCAUCCUGAUGCCCGACGGCUCCCUGCAUCUGGCCACCCUGCCCUCCGGCUGGAGCCUCCCCUCCCGCGCCCACGAGUACCACUGCGUGGCCCAGAACCACUUUGGGCGCCUGGUGAGCCGGCGGGCCCAGGUGCAGCUGGCAAGUCUGUCGCGCUUCCAUCAACAUCCAGAGUCCGUCGAGGCUGAGCCGGGUGGAGUCGCCCGCUUCCAGUGCCUGAUCCGGGGAGUGCUGGAGCCUUCCGUUUCCUGGGAGCACAACGGCACGACCUUGAGUACUGCCAACCACCGGGUGACGCUGCUGCCUCGUGGCAUCCUCCACAUCACCAGCGUGAGCCGGGCUGACGUGGGCACCUACCGCUGCGUGGCACACAAUGUGGCCAAUACCCGCCACAGCCAGGAUGCCUGGCUGACCCUGAAGGGAGCUGGGAGUGCCUGGUACAAAGAGCCCGAGAUUCUGUCUGGGCCUCAGAACCUGACGCUCACGGUGCACCAAACGGCAGUGCUGGAAUGCAUCGCCACAGGCCACCCACGGCCACUGGUCUCCUAGAGCCACCUGGAUGGCCGCUCCAUCGGCGUAGAGGGCAUCCAAGUCCUGGGCACCGGGAACCUCAUGAUCUCCAAUGUGUCGGUCCAGCACUCGGGCAUCUACGUCUGUGCGGCCAAUCGGCUGGGAACCCGGGUCCGACGCACAGCACAGGGCGUCCUGCUCGUGCAGGCUCCGCCCGAGUUUGUCCAGUGGCCACAAUCCUUGUCCAGGUCUCCAGGCAGCAGCGCCGUCUUCACCUGCGUGGCCCAGGGCGUCCCUGAGCCCCGGCUGGCCUGGUUGAAGAAUGGGAAGGGGCUGAGUCCUGGGGAUAACAUUCGGCUCACCCACAACAACAGCACACUGAUGCUGGCGGGGAUCUCAGCAGAGGACGAGGCCAUCUACCAAUGCGUGGCAGAGAACAGCACGGGCUCCAACCAGGCCAGUGCCCGCCUGGCUGUGACGGGGGACCCAGAGCCACCCCCUGCCCCCAGGUGUCUGCAGGCAACGGCUCUCUCCACCUCUGCCAUUCUAGUGUCCUGGGAACCACCGCCCUCCAAUGGGGACAUCACUGGCUAUGUGCUGCACCUCCGGCCCGUUGGAGAACCAGCUGGCCCGGAGCUCCAAGAGGCCGUGGGCAAAGGCACCUUUGAGCAUGUCUUCUCCAGUCUGGAGCCUGACACGGUCUACUCUAUCCACUUGCGGGCCUACUCAGCAGAGGGUGCCAGCCAGGACCCUGCCUCCAUCCAUGCUUCCACCAUGGGCAGCACCCCUGCUGCCCUUGGCUUCUCCACCAAAGUGCUCAACGCCACCUCUGUUCAGGCCUCCUGGGAGCUGCCAUCCCAGCUGGGGCCCAUCCAGGGCUUCAAAGUCUUUCACCGCAAGCUGCCCGCUGCCCAUUUUGAGGGGCCCCUGCUCCUAGCUAGCACUGUCAGUUCCUUUCUCUACACAGAUCUGGAUGGCACUGUGUCCACAGAGUCCAAGGCUGGGUGCUCCUGCAGCCAGGAUGAGAACAGCUCGCUGCCUGGGGUUGUGGUGGGCAUCCACGAGUGGGAGGAGGCCUGGUGGGCUGCAGGAAGCAGGGCAGAGAGCCACUGGGGCUCCCGAGGCAGAGGACAGGUGGCAGAAGUGGGCCAGAGCCAGAUCCCUGCCAUCCUGUGCACGAGGAAGGGGCCCAGCCUCUCCCGCUGUGGAGUGACCGUGGAGCAGCCGCCCUUACCCUAG